UGCUCUACUUAUAGCGGUCAUAUUGCAUUCAAGCAAGCCCUUGCCGCACUUCUGAUUGCGAUCUCACCCAAGCUGGAGUCACUUGCCUGCUACCACAUCGGCGAGUACGACACCGCCGCUCCAUGUUUCUGUCUUGUGACUCUGUUUCGUCGGGCAAAUCGGACCUCCCUACGCUGCCUUACCUCCGAAAUCUCCAGAAGUUCACCUUCCUCCCCGACCACGACUUGCCCGACAACGACGGACUGGACUACAUUCUGGAGUCUUAUUACCACCGCAUCAACCUCGUGCGGCGGCUGCCGGCGCUUAAAUCCGUCGCCUUCACGCUCGCGACAUGGAACAACGAGGCCGGGGUUCCCUCCUCCCCCGAAUUCUUCAAUUUCAGGGAGCUAAGCUUCACGCACUCCAUGAUGCACGAAGCAGACCUAUGCUGUCUCAUCGGCGCCGCCAAGGCCCUGAGCAACUUCCGAUAUAAAAUCGGCGGCCGGAGGCUUCCCGAGGGCGGGCAAGCAGACCGUGCAUCUAUCGCCAGUACUCAAAAGCCUGUGGCGGAAUCGGCGUACCCUCGAGGGAGUUGA